CAAACCAAAAAAAAAAAAAAAAGCGUGUGCUUUCUUUGUGGUGUUUUUUUUUUUUUUUUAUAAUUAGUCAACACGUUCUUAAAAAAAUAAAAUAAUUUCUAUGUGUUUAUUCGUAGUACAAAUAGUAUUUUUGUAGCUAAAAAUUAUGAUAAAUAAAAAUAGGUUAAUAAAAACCUAUUAAUUUAAAUGAAAAAAAAUUACAAUUUAUUAAUUUAAUUGUAACAAUUUAACCUUAAUAAAGUGUGUGGAUAUUUUUAAGUGUGUGUAUUUGUGUUUAUUGACAAAAAUUAUAAAGACAGCUGAUAAUAUAUAUUUUUUUUUAAAAUAAUAUAUUUCAUAUUGACAAUAUAUUGUCAAUAAUAUUAAUUAAUUUUAAUGUUAAUAAUUUUAAAUGAUAGAUGAGUUUGCAAGAUAGUCUCUUCGCUGAGGAAGUCGAAGACGACGUGACUCUUUUUGCUCAAUUGCAAACACGAAAAAGAGUACUUGUUUUUCCACCUGUCAACAACUACAGACGUUUUCUUAUUCAUCAAAUUGUUCAAGAAAGAUUUAACGAAUUAAAAACAUUUUCAAUUGGUCAAGAUUUAUCAAGGAGAACAGUUGUUUGCUUCAAGUCAGAUGUGUUGAGAGAUCCAAAAUUGAAUGACGUGCAGGGUUUUUGGAGCAGAGAGGAGACUGAUAAAGCAUCAUCAAAAAUGGGAGUUAAAGAUAGACGUUCACCAUCGGCAUCUCCUGAAAAUACAAAAAAUCGACAAGUAAAAUCAGCACCAGCUGUUGAAAUAUAUCGACCACCUGCUGCUCGACGAGGCCAGUUAUCUUCAUCCACAACAACACCAUUUAAUGACCAAUCACCAUCAUCAAAAAAUAACAAUCGUCAACGACGACCAGACAGAGCAGUUUAUGUGCCAAAACAUCGACGUAGUACAGAUCCAGAAGGUAGUCCUCAUCGUCAAGAUGACGUGAUACCAUUAAAAACAAAUGAUAAAAAAAUAAUACAAUCAUGUGAUGAUUCAAAAUUGGAAUUAGAAGAGAAUAUUGAUACUGUUUUAGUUGAAAAUAUCAUUGAACCAGUUAUACCAAAAGAAAUAAAUAAUAAAAUUUUAAUAAACAAUGAUAAAGAAGAAGAAAAUAUUGACGAUUCAAUUGAUAAAAAUUUGACAAAUAAUGACGACAGUAUUGAUGAAGAAAUUUAUGAUAAUAAUGAUUUUAGUAAUUCAAUUAUAAAUGAAAAUUCUGAUAGUUCAAUGACAAGUUUAAAUUCUGAUGAUUUAUCAUCAGAUAAAAAUAAUGAAAUAAUAAAAAUUGAAAAAAAAAAUAUAGAAUGUUCAAGUGUAUUAAUAAUAUCACAGUGUGAUAGUAUUAAUGAUAAAAAAAUUAAGAAAAUUGACGAUGAUGAUGAUGAAUUGCCAAUAGCUGUUAGACCACCUGAAAAAAAAUCUAAAAAAAUAUCAAGAGCUAAAAGUAAGCCGGUGUCACCACCUUCACCACAAGUUAAAUUAAAUCGUGAUGAAUGUGAUUGGGAUAGUCUUUUUGAUGACAAUGGUGAUUGUCUUGAUCCAACAUUAAUUGAGGAGCUAACAGCAGCAGUUGGUGAUGUGACAAUUGAACAGCCAAAAAAUGAUUAUAAACCAUUUGUUAAACCAAUUGAAGUAUCAACUGAUGAAUUUGCUCAUGUUGUUGAAAUAUAUAAUUUUCCAUCGGAAUAUAAAACAAGUGAUCUUGCUGCUGUUUUUAGUCCAUUUAGAAAUGGUGGUUUUGAAUUAAAAUGGGUUGAUGAUACACAUUGUCUUGGUGUAUUUAGUAGUCCACUUGUUGCUGCUGAAGUGUUGGCAUCAGAUCAUUCACUUGUUAAAACAAGACCAUUGAGUGAAGCAACAAUGCUAAGUAAAACGAAGGCUCGUAAAAGUGCUGAAACACUUCAACCAUAUCGUACAAGACCAGAAACAUGUGCAGCACUUGCUAGAAGACUUGUUACUGGUGCACUUGGUGUUAGAUUAGCAACAGCUAGACAAGAAAGAGAACAAGAAAAAAUUGUUUUACGUGAAGCUAAAGAAAGAAAAAGACUUGCAAAUCAACAACGUGAUGAUGCUUGGGAAGGUAUAAUAACGCCAAAAUGAUUUUAAAAUAUCAAUAAUAAUAUUAAAUCAAAGCACGAAAAGUUGUGUACAAUUGUGCCUUACUCAUCUAAAAAUAUAAAAACAAAUGAUUAAGGUUUUUAAUUGUUAAUUAAUAAUAAUCUUGAUUCAUUUUUAUUCAAAGUAUAGAUGAGUGUUGCAUGAGGCAACUAGAGACUCAAUGUUGUUUGUACAUAUCGCUUGAUAAAAUGUUCAAAAAUUAAUAAUUUAUAGUUAAAUCUCGUGUGUAAUUUUUUUCUUUUUUGUCAGUAUGUGUUGUUUUAACUUUUAAGACUUUAAAAGUUCGAAAAAAAAAAAAACAAAUCAAUGCCUAGGAAAUUUAUAAUUUACAUGUUCGGGCAAUGCAAUUUUUUAAAUAUUUAACAAUUUUUUUUUUUCAUAAUGUACCUUCAACAAAACUGCCUCUACUUUGACUAAUUAAAUAUAAUUUAUUCAUCAUGGUAGUACAACACGACAAUAAAAUAUAUUCAAAAAAAAUAUAUUUAUAAAUUUUAUUGACAAAAAAUAAAAGUUAAAAGAAUCAUUGUUUCUUUUUUUUUGCUGUUGAAAUGAAAAUUUGAAUAUUGAUACAUAUAUGUUAAUAUGUCAAAUACACAAAUUAUUGUUGUUGUUACCAGAGAAUAAUUAAAUAUGUAAAUUAAAAAAUUAAUUAUGUAAUUUCAUUGUGAAAAAACAAAGUAAAUAAAAAUUAUGUUGCAGCAAAA